CACAGUGAACGGACACAGCGAACACUGAUUGCAUCGCACCGAGGCUGGACUUUGGGGAACUAUACAGUGCUCCGGGGAAAAAAACCCCAUUCAACAUCGGUUGGGCCGUGUUUCGUCCUCGUAGUGUUUCGGUGAACCCGGUAGCGCCGGCCCGGGGACGGUGCGUGACACAGUUAUCAAUUUUUGACUCGAACUUAAAGUGUUAAAUUGGUGAAUCUCUACCUGAAGAAAAUCGUCUGAAAGAAAAAGGAUUUUUGAAAUUUCCAAGAUGUCGUCGGUCGCAUUCAUCAGGCGCGCGUCGGCGCAGUAGCCGUUAUCCUUCUCUCCGGGCUUCCGUCUUCCGUAUCAUCUUUAUCGCUUUCCACCCCCUGUGACGUCGUCGGUUCGUCACUUCUAGUUGCUUUGUGUAAACAUUUGUCCUGGCGAGUUCCAGUUGAUCCUGUUCCGAAACGAGUGGCAGCCACGCACGAAAGGAUAUUCGUAUGACUUUGAUACUGAUUUUGCUGUUUUUGAAAAACAUUUGCGUAUUUUUUAACAAAUUGGUUUUGCGUUGUUACAACUCGUUCCUGAUUCAUCCGAAUAAUAACCACCUGGAGAACGGUGGUAAGCACGGUGGGAACCGAUAUCGAUCCCGAACGGUUGGCAACCAUAAAAUCUAUUACAACGAUAAGGACCUGCUGGUACGCCCAAGACGAUCUCGGCGUCUCCGCAACGAACAGCUGCAGCAACAAUUACUGGGCGCUAGAGAUAGCUACGGAAAGUCCUACUAUUGAGCGAAACCCAUGGAAGAGAGCCUAAAAACGUGACGCACCUAGUUAGACACCAUAGAAAAUAGUAAUUGAAUUACCCAGUCAACCAAAAUAGACGUUCGUCAGAUUACGGAUCGAAAUAUUAUCAUUAAUCGAUCUUUACCACCCCAGCAUUUAAGUGGAAUUAAAUCCUCCAUUGAUAAAAGUUCGCUGACCUUCCGUUUUCCCAGCACAAACUCAAACGUCCAUUCGGAGGGAGAAAGAGUGAAAAACCACUUGUCGCAACGGAAACCUUUGGCUGCUAGGGUGAUACUCAUUGAAUGAAAUGGCUUAGAGAGAAUUCCUUCUUCCGUAGAAUUAAAUUAUCAACUCUCCCGAACCGAGCACCAAUGACCAUUCAGGACAACCGUGGCAGUAACUCCAGCACUCAUACCCAAAACCAGCACGGGUCUAGCUCGAGCUCGUCGAGCAGCUCUACCACUUCCGGUGUCGGAACAAGUAACCAUGCGAGAGUGACGGCGCGCGGUCCCGUUUUGUCCAGUAAUGGUCCCGGCUCCACAGGAGAACCAGGAUCGGCUGCCGGCGGUACCGCUUCCAGCCGUCCUGAGAUGGAUAACGAACUAGCGGAAGCGGCGGCAGCGGCGGCGACAUCAGCUUCGGCAAGCGAAGAUAACAACAACCACUACCGAGGGGAGAGGCCUCUGCAAAAUGGCUGCGAGGAUAAGUGGAGCUGGAGCAAGCGGGACCGCUCGAAGGAGGUGUGGCUCAGUGGCACCAACAAUCGGACGGUGCACUUUCACCCGAACUGGAGCAAGGGCACGGCCGGGAUUCGGGGCACUCGGGUGCUCAACAAUGGGCGCUACUACUGGGAGCUAAGUGUGUCGCAGCGGGUGUUCGGGACGAGUAUGAUGUUUGGAAUCGGAACCAAAAAGGCUCGGUUGCACGUGAAUGCCUUCACUAACCUACUCGGUGAAGAUAAGAACGGAUGGGGCCUCUCGCACAAAGGACUUCUGUGGCACGCUGGCACGGCGCGAAACUAUACCAAACGCUUCAAGGAAAAUCAGGCUACUAAGAUUGGGAUUCUGUUUGACGGAAUUGCCGGCACGUUAACGUACUACAAAGACGAAGUCUGCCUAGGGAUUGCCUUUCGGGGGUUGAAUGAGAUCCGCGAGCCCCUGUACCCGAUCGUCUGCUCGACGGCCGCCAAAACGGAGAUGGUGCUGACGGAAUCGCGCCGCGAUUUCGUGAACCUGCAGGACCGCUGUCGGGCGAUCAUCAUCAAGCACAUCAAGACCCGCGAAAAACUGGACAGACUGAAUCUCCCGUACUGCAUCACCAACUAUCUGGCGGACGCGCUGUCCGAUUGCAGCACCCCGGUGACGCCGAUGGAUCAGCACCUGAUCGAUUACUAUCUGUUCUAAAUGGUUUGGCACCGAACCAAUUAUCUGCGGCCGUCGGUGCAACUCUAGUGCUAUUUUUUAAUGUUGUUAUUUUGAUAGGUAAUUCUAUUUAUUUAUUUAUUUAUUAUUGAUUAUUAUGGUAAAGGUAUUUUCUGUUGAUGUCGAAGCCGUACUUGAGAAAUACGAACUCGUUUUAGUUGUCCAAACUAGUCAUAGUUUAAUGUUAGUCGGAUGUGUCUUCACAAGAUGCUUUGACUUGUUUUUCGUUUGCUUAAAUCUAGAUGUCGAAUUUUAAGAUGCAUUGUUGCUGGCAUUUAACAACGACUUGUUGAUUAAUGCGCUUUUUUGUCGACUAAAUGCUUCUAGUCACUAUGUAGACUGAGUUAAGAACAAAAGAAGUAUUUUUUUUAUUUAUUGAAGCCACUAAAACGAUCCAUCGGAUCAGCGCAUCGAUCCAUGGUUAGUCAAAUGUUGGCUGAUCGAGUAACAAUCUAGUCAUUUUUGCAAUUGCUGGUUAACGGCAUGCAAAAUAAGGUACAAUACCAAAAAAAAAUAUUGCUGUGUAGUGAUAAAGGAUGCGAUGCAGAUGAAAAGCAUGCAUACAUUGCAUUCCUAUGUUUGCACUAUGUAAAAUUAUAUUUAUUGAAUUGUAGAAUGUGUAUCUCAGUGUUAGGAUAAGAAACUGUUGCAGUAUCAGCGAAAUAAAAAGACAUAUUAAUAUAUGACGAUGCGAUCUGAUGUUAGUAUGCAUUCAAGAUGUAGUGAUGUAAAUAGGCAUCGUGGUUCGAGAAGUGACAACAGAUGAGGUGAAGAGUUUUUAGAGAAUGGUUUUGUGAAGAAUGAUGGAUGAGAUUUUAGAAAGGACAGGAAUUCGAUGAUUUUAGGUUUAUCGUUCUCGGGUAUGAAUGACAGGGUUCCUUUUUGUUGCUUAGACGAGACGAAAUCAAAUGCUGUUGAGCAAUGGGAAAUUCAGCGUAAAUUGCAGCUGUGAAUUUUAGACUGCAACUUUGUUAGGAAGUUGGUGAGCACGUUCGUUUUAUAUUAUUCACAACAUAUUAGGAUUUUACAAUCACAGAUUCGUUCUUUUAAAUUUUUAAAAUCCAUAAGAAAAGGUCUAAUUUCGAAAGAUUUCACAAAUAGAUAACAGGAUGGACAAACACGCUUGCUAGGAUGUGGCGAAGUGUACGAGGGAAAACAAGUCCAUGUUUGACAUAUCAUGGUGAGUUUUUCCUUUGUAUUAGUUAUGCUUUUGUAUACAAUUUCAUGUUCAGUUCUUCAGUUUUGUCACUCACAUAGACCGUUUCUUAUUUACACAAAACGAAUUCUCGGUGAAAAAUUUCGUGAGUGAGUAUCAUGUGCUCCUAAGAUUGAACAAGUUGUCGGAACCCUGAUGGAAGUGUUGUCAGAAAGUAAGUUAUUUAAUCGUAGACAGGGAUAUAUUUAGCUAAAGGAUGAAAUUCAGGGCUAUUAUUCUUUAGUUUCAAAAUUAGUGGACUCGAUUGCUGUUCAGGGAUUUUUCUAUCUGUAUUAAUGGUCUUAAUAAGUAUAUUUUAGUUUGCAAUGUUUCGAUCAUAAUUACUGUUGGGUAGAAUGGGUCUCAGAGUAAAAAUAUGUAGGUACCUACAUUCCAUUUACAGAUAGUAAUUACCGUAAAGAAUUUCUGAUUUAUUUGAAAAAAAAAAAAAAAUAUAAAAAUGGAUUAAAAUCCUAUUGAAAGUGUGCCACAUUAUUUUUAAAUUGCGUACGGCCGACAUCUGAUCCAUACUGAAGCGUUCGCCCAUGAAUUAACGAAUUAACUACUGGUACUGUGCCAAGAUCACUCUUAUAAUUGGUGUUGGUCAACGGUAUAGGAAUAACAUUUGAAAAAGUAUCUUAUAUGUGGCGUUCAGCAGUUUGGUAAUUGCUGCCAUUCAGUGUAUCACUAUUUAAGUAGAUGGGACGUACUAAAGUAUUAUUAUGGUCUGGAACGGACACGACAAUAAAACCCGGAACAUUUGCGGAGUAAAACCAAAACGCGUUCUUUAUUUUUCCUACUGUUGAGAUACAUACGUUAGCAAAAAGCGCGAGACGUUCAACAGUCGCAGAAUUCAAAGCUGUAGUCGAGAAAAUACUAUCCGUGGGGCAUAAAGCAUCAAGGCUUGCAGACUUAACACACUCGCUUAAACAUGGCAGUUACCAACUCAUAGACUAGCACGAAGAUUUCUGAAUGCUGGAGCCGGUGAACUUUUUAUCAAAAUAUCUGCUUGCUGUAUCUUGGAAGGAAAAUAGUUCAUCUUGAUGCAGCCUUUCUCUACAAGCUCCCGUACAUAGAAAUGGUUGACAUCAACAUGUGUCAAUCGGCCCGAGACUUUGAGGUUGGAUGUGAUCUUGAUGGCGGACCGAUUGUCCUCGAAGAAUAGGGUUGGUUCACUUGACGACCACUUCAAAUCACGCAAGACACGGGUAAGCCAAUGAUUGUGGCACUCAACACUGCAUAGGGCCACGAUAGAGACGCAGUCGGUUGCUUCCUAGAUGUCCAACUGACGCAAGAGCCGAAUACCUUGAAGACUACUACCGAUAUCGAUCGACAUGUAUCGGAGAUCUUGUGCGUGCCUAAAUACCAACGAAAAGGAAUCAAUCUGUGCCGACACUAUUUAUGUACGUCUUGCCUGCUUGACGUUUAGAAACUGAUUGAAGUAAGGUAACACAUAGAUUGCUUUGAUGAUUAUGGAGAGUCUCACGGUGAGUGUUCACUCAAGUUAUUCAUUCAUUCAUUCUGAGCUAGUACCACACAGAACUCUUCGUAGAUGAUUCCAGUGGUCAUUGGUUGGACAGACCUAAAACUGAAGUAGUUUGCGGUUGAAGCCAAAUCCGGUUUCGAAGUGAGCGAUGCCUACCAUCUCACGGUAGGGCUUCAAAGUUCUUCUCGCUAGCUUCAAGUGGCUCUCCAUUGGCGUAGAUAUCGGACGACAGUCCUCUAUUUAAAAAUAACGGUCCAUGUAAUAACGCUGGCUGAUGCGCAUGGCUUUCUGCUCUACGUCUCCGUCGAUCUUCAUCCCAAGAAAAUUACAGACUUCACCCAAAUUGACCAUCUAUGCACAAGCUUCUCUUGGAUGUAAAGGCAAAGAUCAUUGUAGCUUCUCUUGAAUCCUAGUUGCUUGACAAAUGCGUCGAAUCAUUCGUUCCAUUGCCUCGAUGUUUGCUUUAGCCCGCAAAGCGAUCGUUUCAAACGGCAUACAAGAUUUGCUUUCUGACUGAAACCCUCUGGCUGCUGCAUAUAAAUUUCUUCUGCCAGUUUACCGUUUAGGAAGGCCGUCUUAACGUCCAUUUGAUGGAUGACCAUUCCUUCACAAUUCAUUAUCGCCAGUACUGUCCACAGCGUGUCCAGCCGAGCUACCGGAGAAUAGCUUUCCGAAUAGUCGAAACCACGCUUCAGGAUAAUCCUUUAGCAACUAGCCUCGCUUACCUCGAUACAAAGUGGCUGCCCAUCUUCACCGGGUUACAAAGUAUCAUUCUCAUUUUCGGUCAAACUCGUGUAGUGUUCAUCUUCGCGAGCUUUUUCACGACAACUGGCUUCCACGGAUGCCAGAUUCAAUUUUUAUAAGUACAUAUGUGCAGAGUGUAAAAUAAUCGAAAUUUUUUGGUGAAGUCCAUUUUUCUUCAUUUGUCAGUUCACUUCCGACACAUUCAUAGUCGGCUCUGGACAGUCAAUAUUCAGUUGAAUAUUAGUCAUUGAAUAUUUAUGCACAUUUUACAAAUUGAUUAAUUAUCUGAAAUCUGAAUACGUUUCAAAUGAGUAAAGUGAUUUAUCACACAGGACUGAAUCCGAUUUUCAUCCGCGAGGCACUUUCAACGGUAAACAUCAACAUAAACAAUGCUAAUUAUGUUUUUUCUGCACAUGGUAAACACACUCAGUGACAGUCGAAUGAAUCAUUUCGAAGAUUAGUCGUCUGACUAUGUCAUUCUAUGUUUUGAAUAUUCAUGCGAUGUUUGUCAAAAUUCGGGCCGAAGUUGCUUCAUGAAGAUGAAUAUUUUAAGCUCUGCAUAUGUGUCAAUCUUAUAAAAAAAAGUCUGUUUUUGUCUGUAUGGGGUUUAUGUGGUACAAGAAUUAGAAAAUUAUUCAAAACUGUACUUUUUACAAUGUAGAAUAUCGAUAUGUCAAUAAUCAAAAAGUUGGAAUAAGUUUUGAUAAUAUGUACUUUUAUAACUGAAAAGAAUUCUGUUCGCAUGUCCGAAAGAAUUCGAAUGGGAAGCCCAAAAGAAUUCGGUUCGGAGAAGAUACGUAAAAGGAAUAAUUCCGAUCGGAAUGUUCGAUCUUUUGAACGGAGGUCUUUCAGAAUUCUGAAUGGGACUAUUUUAGGCUUUCAAACCGAAUCCUUUAGCGCUUCUGAACAAAAUCAUUUUUGAUUUCCGAACGGAAUCGUUCUGGGCUUCCGAAAAAAGUUCCAAAAAUAUUCUGUUCGGAAUCCUAAAAGGACUCUGUUCGGUAUUCGCAAUAUAGAAGCAGAAAAAGAUUCUAUUCAGAAGCCCAGACGGCUCCACUCGGAGGUACAAAAAUAUUUGGAGGGUCUAAAUUGAUUCCGUUUGGAGGCCCGACAUAAUUUUAUUCGAAAGUUAUAUAUCGGUUCGUAAGCCCAAAAAAUUCUAUUUUGGAGGCCCGAAAGUAUUCCAAUCGGAAGCCCUAAAGUAUUUCGUUUAGAAGCAUAAAAGAAUUCCUUUAGAAAGCCUUCAUAAUCAACCCAAAGAACAAAACGGAUUUCUGUUGGGUGUCGAGAUAUUUUGGUCCUCCGAGCGAAACUCUUCUAGGUUCCGAUUCCUCAUGGACUGACAAAAUCCAGAAGCAGAAAAAGAAUGAUCAGAAGCCCCGAAGGCUUCAAACUAAAGCUCAAAAAUAUUUCUUUCGAAAGUCCAAAAGGAUUCCGUUCGAAAACCUAAAAAGAUUCCGCUCGGAACCCCAAAAUGAUUUUGUUCGGGAGUCCAAUAUGAUUCCGCUCGGAAGUCCAAAAGAAUUUCGUUCAGAAGCUCGAAGAAACUCCUUUCGUAAACCCAGAAGAAUUACGUUCGGAAGCUUCCAUAAUUCCUUAAGGAAAUCAGAAGCAACGAAGAAAGUCUUUAAAACUCACAAACGAAGAUAUUUUUGAACAUCCGAAUGGAAUUAUUUUGGGUUCCUGAAUGGAAUAUUUUUGGGCUUUCGAACGGAAUGAAUGGAAUCCUAAAAAGAUUAUGUUUGGAGCCCAAAAAGAAUUCCGUUCAGAAGCCUAAAAGGCUUCGCGAGAUUCCGUUUGGAAGGGUUCCUUACGAAAGCAAAAGAGUGCAAAGAGUGCAAAAGUAAGCAUGCUGAGACCGUAGAGCAUCGUCCCAGUUCAGCUUGUGCGAAGAGAGUACUUACGUCACACGCAGGAUGCAUUUAUUGGGGGGAGUUCUGACUUGUCAAUAUCCCCCAUUCAGCCAUCUUGGAUUUUUGUAUGGAAUUUAUGCUCGGGGCCCUCCUUAGCCGUGCGGUAAGAGGCGCGGCUACAAAGCAAUACCAUGCUGAGGGUGGCUGGGUUCAAUUCCCGGUGCCGGUCUAGACAAUUUUCGGAUUGGAAAUUGUCUCGACUUCCCUGGGUAUAAAAGUAUCAUCGUGUUAGCCUCAUGAUAUACAAAUGCAAAAAUGGUAACCUGGCUUAGAAACCUCGCAGUUAAUAACUGUGGAAGUGCUCAAUGAACACUAAGCUGCGAGGCGGCUCUGCCCCAGUGUGGGGAUGUAAUGCCAAUAAGAAGAAGAAGUUAUGCUCGUUUGUUUUUUUUUGCACUGAAAAUUAAUGCUCCCCCCCCCGCGCUGGUUAUUCCCAUCUACUGACAAAGUCGUUUAACCUAUACAUACGAAAGGACCUUGGUCACAUGUAUACAUUCAAAUUAAAUGUUUACAUACGAGCUAAACCAGUAAUGUUUUUUGUGUGCCGUGAUCAUGGCUUACAAAUUCAAACACUCUUCUCAAUCCUUUUAUCCUUGUUCGCGAUUCUGAAUUUGGCGACUCCACAGAAACGACGUCACGAGCUACUUCGAUUGAUCGCGUAGAUGAAUUUUGGAUUCCGGGAGGCUUGUCCUUAAGCUAAUUACUGCAAUUUCCACAGGCGUCUCCAGUGGCUUCAACCCCACAAAAAUAUAAUCAUUCAAUGGCCCACAAAGCACUGUACGGCCGUCGUUCGGAAACUUCUCUUCCAUUAGCCAAAGCAACAAACAACGCAGGUCUGUUGUGCGCCAUCCAAGUAACCAAAAGUUCCUUUAAGAGUGCGUUUUUCGCUUAAGCAGCUCAGUGAAGCUGACUAAGCGAAUAACGUACUCUUAAAGGAACUUUUGGUUACUUGGGCACGUUCGCAUUCGAUCGCUGUUUCCUUUGUCUUGCUGCUGAUUCCGUUGGCAGUUGGACAGUUGGACCGCUCGUGCCCUUCGUAACAUCCAAAACAUUUGAAGUUCUUUUUCCUUCUGUUGAUUUCACGAACUGGAAAAGGCCACACCAUCCCAUUUCUUCCUCGCUGCUUUAUCUCCUCGGCCACCAGGCCUGCACUUAACAAAUUGCAAGGACAAGUUCUUCUUCGGCAUUGUUUUGGGUGCUGACGGGACGGCGGGAUCAGCCGGCCUCAGUGGAAUAGAAUCUGACAAAUAUCGUCUAAACUAUCAAGCACAGCUUCUGUUCUACGAUAUUAUCUCACAAGAUGAUCGAAUUCCAAGAACUGGUCCUUCAUUGCGCCGGAAUCAAAACGCAAUGCUAUAAUUUGCCGUUUCAAAUUCAUCCGUCUGGUCAUGCCUUUGGGUUCGAAAACUUGUAAAGUUUUCUUGGGUAAACUUGGGUUCGAAAAAAAUAAAGCUUCAAUUGCGAAUCGUGGACACGGGAUACCAACAGGGAUUUAUAUUAUUCCUGUUCUUGAAUCUGGCUUCACGUUUGGUCUUCUCGUCUCUCUUGACAUCUGCAAAAUCGACCGCCUCCUGGCAGAUGAUCUAGCCCCAGAACUCCUCAUGUUUUUUGGCCUAUACAGGAUGUAUGCCCUGCUCACGUGCUUCAAGGUUUGGCACCACGUUGCGCUCAUUUUAUGCCGCAUAGCCACUCACUCGAGAGAUAAAUUACAAAUUAGGACUCAGUAUAAAGCUCAGAUGAAUUUUUGAAAUAGAGAUUUGCACAUCGGGAUCUACACUAUCAGUAGUUGGGCAAAAGAAAAUGUAUAAAACCUUGCUGACCAAACUCUAUUAAGAUCAUGAAUGUGUCAUAUGUUAAAAUCCCAAGUAGCAGCAAUAGAUGUCCCAAAACAGAGCACAAACGUAAACUACAAUCGGCAAAAUUCGAAUAGAUUCAAAAUUUGCUUUUAGGAUGUAAGACAUGGAUAAGAAGCGAUAUCGGAAGCUAGUUCCAGGGUGUAUAUGUAGGUUGAAAUGAAGGUUAUUUCUGAUGUGUAUAGGAAAGCGUUCGUCAUAUACAGUUAUAAGACGAAUCUAAUAUAUGUAAGUCAAAUCAAUUUAGUUCUACCAGUGAUAUUAGGCGGAAUGAUAACCGAAUGGGCUGUUGAUUUCCCUUUCCCAGUUGAAAAUGCUCAGUUCUUACUCAUUGUUAUUUACACAUUCCUCGUAAAUAUUAUCCAUACUUAUGUUACAGGCAGUCUUUCGUUCCUUACUCACCAAGCAGCAGCCGUUAUUUCUGUGAUUUAACUUUUAGUUUGUUGAACCUUUUUCACUCACAAUACGCACAUGGUUAAUGUAUUUAAAUCUAGUGUAAAACGAAAAUCUCGUGAAGAAUUGUACUCCAAUCAGACCGACUGAAUUGGGGUCUGUGCCAUACUGAAUCGGAGUUCUGAUGCGUUAUGAAACUUAUUCGUAUCCGCUUCAACAUAUUAUCAUGUAGAGCAAAUGAAAAACAAUAGUUGUACGAAAGAAUAUUUAAUCCAUAAACUAAUGUGUAUUUGUGUUAGGCGAACAUACAACCAGCCUGCGGCAAAACUACUUAAACGUUGACCCACACUUCACUCCACAGAUUAAGUCCUUGGGAAUGAUGCUGAUUAGGGUCUUACAAAUGAUAAAUAUAAUAAUGAAGGAAAUGUGAAAAACAUUCAAUGGGCCAUCGAGUGUGCAAUACGAACCGGAAACGGAUGUGGAGAAUGAAGAAAGAGCCUGUGUACAAACGAAAGGAAGCAUUUGAAUCAAAGAAUGAAAAUGUAUGAUGUUUAUUUUUCUAUGAAUCGAGAAGUAUUUGGUAGCUAUUAAGUAAAUUAAUUAUUUCGCAGUCAAAGAUAGCCCAGCACAGAGGCAUGACAAUUGGACAUAGUAGAAAAAUGAAUUUAAGGUUUAGGUAAGCACGUGGCGAUAGAUACACAUCAGCUAGUAUCGUACGUGCACAAAUUUAAGAAUAUUGAAUAAUUUAACAACACUAUUCUAUGGAAACAGAACAUAUUUUUGUGCAAACAUAAAUUUUGAAUGAGGAAUGUAAACUGAACUUUCAGUAUCUUAGAAUUAAUGAAAAUAAUUAUUCACGCCUUUUUGCAGCAUGUGUCAUGGAAAUGCAAAUGUACGAAAAUUUGAGUCAACCAUGUAACAUGAA